AUGGGAAGUGUUGCAGCAGCCACAAAUCCGUCUUAUAUCCUGCGGAAUCACCGUUCUGGGGACAUGGGAUGGAUCGUAUAUCGACAUGGAGUUCUAUAUCAUAAAGAGUUUGGAUGGGAUGAACGUUUUGAGGCGCUGGUGGCUAGGGUGACUGCCGACUUCAUUGACAACUAUGACCCCGAAACAGAACGUUGCUGGGUCGCUGAACGUGAUGGAGAGUUCCUUGGCUGCGUUAUGCUAGUGAAAGACAGGGAGUCAGAAGAUAAUGCAGCAAAACUACGUCUUCUCCUCGUGGAACCAAGCGCACGAGGCCUCGGACUCGGUCGUGCAUUGAUCAAAAAAUGCACGGAAUUCGCCCGGAAUGUGGGCUAUUCUCGGAUACGCCUGUGGACAAACAGCGUCCUCAACUCGGCAAGAUACCUUUACGGAAAGGAAGGUUAUAAGCUUAUAGAGGCCGAAGAUCAUGAGCUACUAGGCUUCAAGUUGACUGGAGAGAACUGGGAACUGAUGCUCUAA